AUGACUGAUCCAGCCGCAUCCGUUUCAACUGGUUUGGAAAACAUUGUGAUCUCUAGCGAUCCUCCCGAGACUUCUGAACAUAGAAAUACUAUGCAACAUGACGAACAUAUCGCCCGCCUGACUCAAGAGAUUGAGGACCUACGUAGCGAACUAAAUCGGGUUAGGGACCUGACCAAUUUAUCCAUCACACUCCAAAGUCCACCUCCUGAACCUAGAACUGUCGCACCAAAUCCACCUCGUUUUCCAUCACUUGAAUCUCCAGUCCCUGAACACUUUCCUCCACAAAAUAAUGCACCCACCAACAACAACUUUCCUCCACCAAAUCCAUCAUCCGUCUAUACCCUUCUACAAAGUCAACCACCUACCCACAUUACCUCGGAAACACAAGCCUAUACCAACCCAGUAACGGUCAGGUUCCAGCCCGAAGUAGAUCAAUACGAGGAAAUGGAGAAAGAGGCAAAAGCAAGGGCAGACGAUAUGUUGCUAAAAGAGAUCCACAGUCUCAAAGAAGCAAUGAGAAACCUUCAAGUUGCUAGGGGAACUAAGAGUGUAGAAUACGAGGAUCUGUGUGUUCAGCCUGAUGUUGACUUACCUGUAGGCUACAAACCGCCGAAAUUUGAUACUUUCAAUGGAACCGGCGAUCCUCAUACACACUUAAGGGCUUAUUGUGACAAAUUGGUUGGAGUAGGUAGAGAUCAGAACAUAAGGAUGAAGCUAUUCAUCAGGAGCUUAUCUGGUGAGGCCCUUAAUUGGUAUACACAACAGGACGUCCGUAAAUGGCGUGGUUGGAGUGACAUGGCCCAAGACUUUAUGGACCGAUUCAGUUUCAACACCGACAUCACACACCGGAUAGAGUCUAUAUGA